GGGCUGUCGUCGUGACGUCACUGUUGCUCCGGUAGCUGACGUCGCAAACAUGGAGGAAGUAAAAGUGUUUCCACUGACCUGUGCAGUACAGAAUUAUGCUUGGGGGAAGGUGGGACUGGACAGCGAGGUGGCCAAACUGGUGGCUAGUGGAGACCCACUAGCUGUGAUAGAGGACAACAAACCUUAUGCAGAGCUGUGGAUGGGCACCCACCCAAAAGGAGAUGCCCAGAUUAAAGACAACAGGAUUGCACAGACAACCCUGAGCCAGUGGAUCGCUCACUUUCCUGCCUGUCUGGGGUCUAAGGUCAAAGAUGCCUUCCAUGGCCAGCUGCCCUUCCUCUUCAAAGUCCUCUCUGUCAAUACUGCCUUGUCCAUACAGGCACAUCCUAACAAGGAGUUAGCCGCUCAUCUUCAUGCUCAGUAUCCAGAGCACUACCCAGACAACAACCACAAACCAGAGAUGGCCAUCGCUCUCACCCGCUUCGAGGGCCUCUGUGGAUUCAGACCUGUAGAAGAGAUCUUGGGCUUCCUUAAAUCUGUCCCAGAGUUCCACGCGCUCGUGGGCAACGAGGCAGCAGAGGAGCUGCGGUACAGUGUGGGAGACAUGGCCCGUACGAAACAGGCGCUAAAGAAAUGCUUCACAAGGAUGAUGAACUGCGAGAAGAAGUCUUUUGUAGACCAGCUCAACAUGCUGGUGAAAAGAGUGACAGAAGAAGCUGCAGCAGGGAAGGAUAUCAAAAUCAGCAACGGUGAGCUCUUGCUCCGCCUGCACUCACAGUAUCCCGGAGACAUCGGCUGUUUCUCCAUCUACUUCCUCAAUUUUGUGGUCUUGACUCCAGGCCAGGCCAUGUUCCUGGGGGCCAAUGAGCCUCAUGCCUACCUCUAUGGAGACUGUAUUGAGUGCAUGGCAUGCUCGGACAACACCGUGAGGGCCGGCCUGACACCCAAAUACAUUGACAUCGGCACGCUGUGUGAGAUGCUGAAUUACAGCCCCGCCCCCACCAGCGCCAAACUGUUCCCAGUUGUCCAGGACUCUUCCGACCCCUGCGUCUCCCUGUAUGACCCUCCUGUGCAUGACUUCACCGUCAUGAGGAUAGAGGUACCAGCUUCAAUGAAGCAGUACAAUUUGGCGGCAGUUGACAGUGCGAGUAUCCUUGUGGUCAUUGAAGGUGAUGCCACAGCAACCUCAGCCGGUGCGCUCUCUGAUGUCACCCUGAGGCGAGGCACCAUCCUCUUCGUGUCGGCCAACGAGAGUGUCUCCCUGCACAUCACCUCACAGUCUGGGAUGGUCAUGUUCCGUGCGUGCUGCCUGCUGUAGGUGUGAGUCUUUAAGGCUGUGUGUGGGAAAGAAUAUCUAUGGCAGUCUGUGACCUUUGCCCCCUAAGAACCCACCCCCAGUCGGACCCUCAGCUGUAGAUGUGCUGCUCUGUUUCCUGACAUUAAAACCAAACAUCAGUGCAGUUAUAUGGUGGUUCAAAUUGGCUUUGUCCUUGUUUAACUGUGGAAGUGUGAGUCCAACAUUUAGGAAGAAAAGGACACAUAAUAAGAAUAAGUAACAGUAUUACAAGAUUUCAACACCGACGUGUUCCUCAGUGUUGUGGAGAGUCUUUAGUCACGUGUAACAAAGCAAACUCGUGAUUUGGUUGAAAUCACAAAGAGUUUGGGUCAGCAUUCAUGAUGCAAAUUGUCAUGUUUUUGCAUCUUGAUGUGUUAUUACACUGCUUUUUUUAAAUUCCAAAUACUAAUCAAAGGCAUUGUUUUUGUACUGUUCACACUGAGAUUACAGUGGCACAGCCAGGCACUAAGAUGGGGUGGGGGGGAUUCAUUGACACUGGUGUAGUACACCACAACCUGCUGCUUUGUAGAACUACAACCUUGAUGAGGACUCUCAAUGUCUGAUGAGCCAGCAGGGCUCUCCUGUCAGGGUCAUCUACCUUUAUGUCUGUUUGCAGGGUAAUCAAUCAAAAACUAGUGAUUUUUAUCAAACACAACAGGGUUUAUGGUUAUUGUAGAAGGAUGAGUUUGUUAAAUUUGGGUGAUUAUUGAACCAGAAGUUAAUCAUUUUGUUUAAUAUUGCAUGUUAAGAUGUUUGUGUAAAUGUUUUCGUCAUUAACUGUGGUCUAAAUGUGGUGGAGGUGCGUGAUGAAUGGGAUUUCGGUUUUGUUUGCUAAUCUAAUAAUAAACUCAGCUUUGGUGGGGACAGCAUUAUUAGCCUGUCAAGACUUGAGAAUUGGGAGAGUAAUUACGAAAUGCUUGUGCAUGUAUGGAGGAAGGUUUUGACCGUCUCACUAAAUCUAACCCUGGACGGCAUUGUUGCUUUUAUCUGGUACCAGUGCAUGUUGGAAUUAUAAUGAACUCUUACAGAUUUAAAAAAUAAACUGGAGCAACUAAGAAGGGCUGCUAACUACGUCCGUCCCAUGUGGCAUGGCAACAUGGGAAUUAGGAAUCGAGCAAUGAAUGUAGGAAUGCUUAAUGAUUAAAGACUACUACUUUAUGGGUUUCCAAACUCAAGCCCACUCACUUGAAAAUGGCCUAAACCUGCGUGACAGAAACAUUAAUCCAUCACUGAUGACUGCUCUGACGUCUGUGAGCGCAGUGCUGUGAAAAAGUCUGUGCCCCUUGAGCUUCUACACAUUUAAAUUUGAACAUGCAAACUCCACAUAGAAAACCCCCAGGUGGAAGUAAUCCAACAACCUUGUUGCUGUGAGGCAACAGUGCUAACCACGAAGUGUUGCUGUGUCCACUGUCCUUUUUGGAAAUCAACUAAGAGACCAUCUUCCUUGCCACCAAGGGAUUUCCACGACGACUGCACUAGUUGGACGUAUUUAGCAAUUAUAAUUCAACUAGAAGUAUCGGGAGCUGUAAAUCUUGACAAAAUAAGGCAAUAGUGCUCCCCAUACGGUGGUUUGUAAGUGAUUGACUGUAUGCGAUUGGGAGAAUUGUGUCCAUUGAACACAGAGUGAAAAAAGAUCUUUGCAACAUAAA